UUCAUACUUUCUAAAAUGAGCUUUGAAGAUGAGGAUACAAUCACAGAACUCAGAUCUAAGCCCCGCUUGCGUGAGAGAGACAACUUCCACGCACAGUAUAGGGUCUCGAAGACCCUUGGCCGUGGAGGCUAUGCCAUGGUAAAACUGGCCUACCACCGCCUCACAGGUGCCCCGGUGGCUGUCAAAAUGCUUCGGAAAAGAAAGCUGUGGUGUUAUCCCGUCAUGUCUGAGGUUGAUAUCAUGAUGAUGACCAACCACCCCAACAUCAUCUCUCUUCUUCAAGUGAUUGACACUGAGAAGAUGCUAUACCUCGUCAUGGAGCUGGCCGAGGGACAGCAACUUUAUCAAUAUGUCCGAAACACUGGUUACCUGUCGGAGGACGAAGCUCGUGAUAUAUUCAGGCAAAUAGUGAGUGCUGUGAGCUAUUGCCACGAGAACGGGAUAAUUCAUCGGGACCUGAAACCAGACAACAUCAUGGUGGAUAACAACGGGAAAGUCAAAAUCAUUGAUUUUGGCCUCGGCACCCAAGUCCAGCCCGGGCAAAAGCUUAGCUUUCACUGCGGGACUUAUACUUUUGGUGCCCCUGAACUCUUCCUUGGCAAACUUUAUGAUGGCCCCAAGGUCGACAUAUGGACCAUGGGACUCAUUUUAUAUUUCAUGGUAGUUGGACAUGUUCCAUUUGAGGGUUUCACUAGAGCAGAACUGCGAAAGAAGAUUGUGGCAGGGAUGUAUACUAUCCCCUCGGACCUGUCAGAAGAACUCCAGGACCUGCUUAGCCUGUUGAUGACUUUGGAUCCCAAUCUUAGGCCGACAAUAGAUGAAGUGAUGACACACCCCUGGCUGAGGGAAGACGAGGAGGGUUUACCAAACCACCAUUGUGAAGAAAUGAUCCCUAGCUCACCUGACCCUGCGAUUGUAGCAGCCAUGGAACAUAUGGGGUUCCAAGCCCAGGACAUCAAGGAUUCAUUACGUCAGAGAAAAUUCAACCAAACCAUGGCAUCCUACUGCUUCCUUCAAGAACAAGCUCUCAGGGAACAUGGCUGCACAACCAGGGCUCAGCCCAUAAAUCCAGGGGUGACACCAUUCCCUUCCCUUGAGGAUCCCGUUGCUUUCCCUCUAGAACCAAGGAGGAGGGGGAGUGAGCCGGCCCUUAGCACAUUACUCAGAGGGUCACCCGCUAAUGGCCAGCAGGCAGGUCAAAAGGGAGGCAGACACGCCACUAGGGCAUUCCAGAGGACACCCACACUGGACCCAGCCCAACAUCAACGUACUAAGAGCGCUCCCUGCAUUCAUUCAGUGAGCGGCGAGAACACAGAAGACAACUUAGGCUCAGUCUGCGGGGCAGCAGAGGGCAAGUCCGUCCGCAGCCAGGGCCAGCCCAGAGGCUGGAGGGGAUGGACAAGGAGGAUAGGAAGCGCCAUGAUGAGACUCUGUUGUUGCAUUCCGUCAAGGAAGAAACCUCGCCGGGGGCAGAACAGAGUCUCCCCCUCGGAAAUGAGCCCCGAGGAGGGGGCCCGGAGGACAAGCAACAGGAGCGCGGCCCAGAGUUCUCCGGAAGACGCAGAGAACACCGUGGCGUUGGAGAGAGUCCCCAGGCGUGGACGGAGACCUGCAGAACGGUGCCGUGUAGAAAGAUGUUCCACGUCUGCGUCCUGCUCUGAGUCCAGCUGGGAGGGACAGAGUAAAUGGUGGGAUCCUGGGCAGCAGGAAUUAUGCAAAGACCCUGCCUCUCGAAGACAGAACCCUCCCCCCCCGUCUGCCCAUCUGCCUGGGUCGCUUCAGACCCCUCUUCUCUCGGAAAGUGACUUCACCCCCAGUGCCACCAAGUCAUUGAAAGUGUCUUUGAAAGAAACAAGCUCUAAGGUGCCCGGAAGUGGAAAAUAUGCAGGACUUUCACGUAGACUUUGAGACCAGCAGCAUUUUAAGAAGGACCAGUGAGACCACUGUCCCAUUUCCCCGAAGACAAGCGUGGCAACCUGAUGAAUUCCUGUGCAGGUGGCAUGGGUUGGAUCCCAGGGCUGCCGAAAAGCCGCAGGCCCAUUCUUCUGUGUGCAUGUGCCUUGACUAUGUAAUACAAGAUGUCCACUCC